AAAUCCCUCGAUUCAUUCUCGAACAAUAGACCGAAUAACGUGAUUUAGUCCUAUUCAUUUACUGUGUACAUUCGUUUGGUGUGUUCUGCUGACAGACAAAGCAAAGAAUUCUUUUUUCUCACUUGUUUAGGAAUUUUACUGAUUUUUUCGAAACAAAAAGAUGUCAACAGUUGCGAGUACCUUAUCUAUCGCUGGGUCACGGACCUCAGGCGCACCAGUUCGUACACAAAAUGUCAUGGCAGCAGCUUCAAUUGCCAACAUCCUCAAGAGCUCACUCGGACCAGUCGGUUUGGAUAAAAUGAUGGUUGAUGACAUCGGUGAUGUUACCAUCACCAAUGAUGGAGCCACAAUCCUCAGACUCUUGGAAGUUGAACAUCCAGCUGCUAAAGUUUUGGUUGAGUUAGCUCAAUUGCAAGACGAAGAAGUAGGCGAUGGAACCACAUCGGUUGUCAUCUUGGCUGCCGAACUUUUGAAGAACGCCGAUGAAUUGGUGAAACAAAAGAUCCAUCCAACUUCCAUAAUUUCCGGUUACCGUUUGGCCUGUAAAGAAGCCUGCAAAUACAUUUCAGAGCAUUUGACAGCACCAGUCGAUGAAUUGGACCGUGAAACCAUAAUUAAUGUGGCAAAAACAUCGAUGAACUCGAAAUUGAUUGGAGCUGAUGCCAAUUUCUUCGCUGCAAUGGUCGUUGAUGCUGCACAAGCCGUUAAGAUUUUGGAUCCAAAAGGAAAUCCAGCAUAUCCAAUUAAAGCGGUUAACGUACUUAAAGCCCACGGAAAAUCAGCCCGCGAAAGUAUUAUUGUGCAAGGUUAUGCCCUGAACUGUACCAUUGCCUCACAACAAAUGCCACGUAAAAUCACCAACGCCAAGAUCGCUUGCUUGGAUUUCUCGUUGCAAAAGACCAAAAUGAAGAUGGGCGUGCAAGUAUUGAUCAAUGAUCCAGAUAAAUUGGAAGCAAUCCGUGCACGUGAAUUGGACAUCACAAAGGAACGUAUCAACCGUAUCCUUGCUACUGGUGUGAAUGUUGUUUUGUGCUCAGGUGGCAUUGACGAUUUGUGUUUGAAAUACUUCGUCGAAGCCGGAGCCAUGGCUGUUCGUCGUGUGAAAAAGUCCGAUUUGAAACGUAUUGCCAAAGCAACGGGUGCAUCAUACUUGACUUCACUUACAAAUCUUGAAGGUGAAGAACAAUUCGAUGCAUCAAAUGUUGGAGAAGCAGCCGAAGUCAGCCAAGAUAUCAUCUGCGACGAUGAGCUCAUUUUGAUCAAGGGACCAAAAGCAAGAACUGCAUCAUCAAUCAUUUUGCGUGGUCCAAAUGACUUCUACUGUGAUGAAAUGGAACGAUCCAUUCACGAUUCGUUGUGCGUUGUCAAGCGAGUAUUGGAAGGUAAAAAAGUGGUUGCCGGUGGUGGUUGUGUUGAAGCUGCCCUUUCGAUCUACUUGGAAAAUUUUGCUACUUCAUUGAGUUCACGGGAACAAUUGGCUAUCGCCGAGUUCGCCAAGUCAUUGUUGGUCAUCCCAAAAACGCUGGCCGUUAACGCAGCCAAGGAUGCCACAGAUUUAGUAGCUAAAUUGCGUGCUUACCACAAUUCCAGCCAAACGAAAAACGAUCACGCCAAUCUCAAGUGGGUCGGUUUGGAUCUGUUACAAGGCGAAGUCAGAGACAACAAAAAAGCCGGCGUUUUGGAGCCAGCAAUGUCAAAGAUUAAAGCGUUGAAAUUCGCCACAGAAGCCGCUAUCACCAUUUUGCGUAUCGAUGAUCUGAUCAAAUUGCAUCCAGAAGACAAGGGUGACGCGAAAAACUAUGCUGAUGCACGAGCACAUGGAGAAUUGUAAACGGUCGAUUAAAUCAACUCAAAGACACAUAACCUUCAGUUCACAAAACUCAUUUACAACCACCAAUCACACCAAUAUGAAUAAAUGAAUAGCUUGCAUUUAACAUUGUCUGCCUAAAAAUAAUUGGAAACAAAUACACCUUGGAACAAUCUAAAACACACACACACAUAAAUUCAUCAGAUUUAUGGAAAUCUAUUACUUUAUUAUCUAAUAAAUUUUGUUUCUCGUUUAAAACAUUUAACAAUAAAAACAAAUGAAAAAGCUUUCAAUUUA